AUGAGGGGGCGUUUAACCCAAGCCAAACGUUUUGUCCCGUCCACUGCGACUGCCAUAUCCACCAACAGAGUGAUCACCUGCGACGGCCACCUGGUCCAGCACCUGGGCUGUGGACUUUCUCUAAUCUCUGCUUUUGUCUCGUACUGUGUGAAACAGAGCGGCGUGAUUGUUGUGGAGUCAGUCGAGUACAGAUGUGGACAACAAGAACAGAGCUCUCAGCAUGACAAACUGAAGGUCAUCAAGAAGAGCUGUGACGGAAAGAAAACAUGUGACAUAGACAUCCAAAUCUUUGGUACUCCUGAUCCCGGCACCUGCAAAUACCUGGACACCACCUUUGCCUGCUUCCCAGCAGUCCACAGCACAGCGUGUGAAGGAUCCACAGCAAACCUUCGGUGUGAUGAAGGAGAGGUUAGUGUCGUCUACUGGGCUGACUACGGGCGCCGCGAUACGACCACUUGCUCUCAGAGUCGCCCAACCCACGAGAUCCAGAACUCCCAAUGCCCCAAUCCCACCACUAAAGUGGCUGACAGCUGUAACGGGAAAAGCAGCUGCACUAUCGAAGCGAGCAACUCGGUGUUUGGAGACCCGUGUCCAGGCACCUACAAGUACCUGGACGUGGUCUACGACUGUGAGCUGCACACCGUGGCAUGUGAAGGAUCUCAGGCAAACCUUCAUUGUGAUGACGGACACGUCAUCGCCGUCCACUGGGCUAAUUACGGACGCCGCGAUACGAGCACGUGCUCUUACCAACGUCCAGAAUGUGAGGUCCAAAAUGCCCAAUGCGCCAAUCCCACGUCUAAAGUAGCUGACAGCUGUAACGGGAAAAGCAGCUGCACUAUCGAAGCGAGCAACACAGAGUUCGGAGACCCGUGUCCAGGCACCUACAAGUACCUGGAGGUGGCUUACGACUGUCCGUUCCACAGUAUCACAUGUGAACAUUCUUAUGCAAACCUUCAUUGUGAUGAAGGACACGUUAUCGUCAUCCUGUCGGCUGAAUACGGCUGCAAUGACUCGACCACGUGCUCUUACAAACGUCCUCCCGCUCAGCCCAAAAACACCCAGUGCUCCAUUUCCACAAGCAAAGUAGCCGAGAGCUGUUCCAUCAAAGUAAGCAACUCGGUGUUUGGAGACCCGUGUCCAGGCACCUACAAGUACCUGGACGUGGUCUACGACUGCGAGUAUGUGAUGGAAGAAGAACAUCAAUCACAUCAAUAAAACAUCAUGUUUGUGCUUCAAAUGCAAUCGUUCUCCAAUCAGUAGUCAAUAGGUAGAUCAAUCCAAUGCAACACGUGGCCAACGGUAUACGGACGCCUACAGGACCGUCAGGCUGUCGACAGAUGAUUGAAUGUUAAACUAAUUUAACGUCUCAUAAUUUUUCUUCUUUAUUACAAAAUAAAAUUAAUCAACCAGCUGUGCCUCAGCGUUGUGUUUAACAUUAAAGGUGUCCAUCCCAUAAUUCAUGGACCAGAUGUGUGCUGAACGUGUCAAUGUGUUAGUGUCACUGCAGAAAGCAGUCAGACAAACACGACUCACAGCUGAUUUCAGCCCAAACCAAUAAAGACCCCCCCCUCCCGAAGUUAAUGUGUUACCAUGGUGAUCUGGUUAGAAAAAAAGUAAAACUUUGUAACUUUAAGCUCAACAUACUGAGCAAACUCAUCGAUGUCAGUCACUGCAUGUUGUGUUAUUACUGAGGCCUUCACAGAGAACUGUGAUCAUCUGUCACGUCCUCCAUAACAUGACCUGUAAAUGUGCCAUUCUGAACAUUUAUAUACAAAAUAAAACAACUUCAAACAAUUUUAAUAUUUGCACAUUCUGAAUAUCUUAACAUUGCAUAACUACACUACAAUUUGAAUCACGCCCUGUCCUUGUGAACAUAGCACUCACUUUACUGUAUUUGUUUUAUACGCUCUCUCAUCUCAGCUCAGGCGUCUUUAAACUGUGAGGCCUGUUCUCUUCAGACGGGCCUGUGAGCGUUUCUGAGACUGACCUAAAUUAAACACUUGAGCUUCUCCAUCUUCACAGAUGUUUUAUUGGAGGUCACAGCAGCACAACACAGACCAAACAUCGACGAUGCUCACUACAAAUCAUGGAAAAACAAACUGAGACAAAAUGAAUUCCACAUUGAACACGUUUCAGUGCACUUCAGUAAUAAACACAAAAAUCAAGUAAAACUACUCAAACUGGAAACUUUAAUGCUUCAUUAUCAGCUUUUUCCUCAAAUUGAUCGAGAAUGUUGAAGUUGAUAAAUAAAGUGGAAAUGAUUCCUUUAGCAUCCAUAAACAGAGCGGGCUCCCUUCAUUCAACAUCUACACCUCACUGGUCAAAUAAUGUAAACACAAACACACUAAUUACAGCAGUUUCACCAAUAAAUAACUUUUUUCAUAACUUACAUUUGUUCCCGUAUGUACAGUCGUCCCUCUCCUGUGUUAGAUGAAUCCAGCCUGAGGACUGGGCUCAGUUUAUGCUUCAGGUGUUUUUGAAGGAUAUUCAACAUUUA